AUGUAUUCUAAAACGAAUAUUUUCUAUAUAAUAUUCAUUGGAUUUAUACUAUUACUUGACACUGAGAGUUAUCCAUAUUACGAACCAUUUGAACAUCAUCAUCAUCAUGGAUAUGAAGGAAAUUAUGGCGCAUAUCCAUAUCAAGGAAGAGCUCAAUGUUUUUCUGCUGAUUCAUUAAUUAAAUUAUCAAAUGGUGAAUAUAAACAAAUUGAUAAUCUUAAAUCCGGUGAUGAAAUCAUAACUAUUGAACAAUCAAAAAUCAUCUCAACAGAAAUGAUAAUGAUGCUAGAUAGACAAAUUUCAAAAGAAGCAUUAUUUUAUAAAUUAACAACAGAUUCUGGUAAUGAAAUAAGUUUAACAGAAUAUCAUUUAAUUCCAAUAAUGAAUUUCACUGGAAAUAAAAAUUAUUUAUUUGCAAAACAAAUUCAAAUAGGAGAUUAUUUAUUUGUUUUAUCUAAUGAUAAAUUAAUACAUUCUCCAGUAGUAAAUAUAACAAUUGAAAUGAAAAAAGGUUAUUAUGCACCAUUAACAAUGAAAGGUACAUUAUUAAUUAAUAAUAUUUUAGCAAGUUGUUUUGCAAAUAUUAAUGACCAUUAUUUAGCACAAUAUUCGAUGGCACCUUUUCGUUAUUAUUAUAAAUUUACUCGAUUAAUUUCUUUACGCGAUCCAUUUAAUAUUAAUAAGACUGAAGGUUUACAUUGGACAGUUAAUUAUAUGUUUCAUUUCGCACGUUAUUUUAAAUCAGAUGUAUUAUUUUUAUGA